GGCAGGAGAACCUGCUCCUCCGAAUUUUGACACCAUCAUUGAUCCGCGCAACUUAUAAUCUAAUUGCUCAAAAAAACCUGGUUACGUCGCAUCCUCACAUCCUCACAUCCUCAAAAUGGCUCAGAAGGCAAGAAAGGAUCGUGCUAGAUCCAACACGGCAUCACUGAAUAAGCUUCAUAUCGGCUCGCUGUUGGUCAAUGGCAUCUUUCUUCUUUCCCGCUACUUUUUCCACACACGCUCUCUCUACCUAUGGUUUAUGCUGUCGAUCCCCAGCUUCCUAUGCGAGCUUACUCUGGAGAGGACCGGCCGGCCAACCUACGACCCAUCGACCAAUGCCCUCAAAUCUUCGGGUGAGGAUCUCGCAGCACCCGGCCUGACGGAAUACAUGUUUGAUAUCAUCUGGGUGACUUGGGCGACAAACGUUGUGGUCAUCUUUUUCGGGAAUUGGUUCUGGCUGCUGUGGGCUGUAGUGCCCGCCUACGGAGCCUACAAGGGAUACGGCUUGAUGGGAGCCGCAAGGCAAAUGGGUCAAUUGAACGGCAUGGGCACCGACGAACCGGCAGGUAAUCGGAAGCAGAGAAGAGCGGCUUAGGCGUUCAUCCUGGCCGCCACAACUGCCUGGCAAGGGGCCUGACAGUUGUGUCCCGUCGUCACUCCAUAUCCGGGGCCUUGCCAUACCUCGAGUCCACCUAUCGUCUAUGGUACUCCUCUUCUUUCGUCCACUCCGCCAGGAGAGCAGGAUCGACGUCCUUCACCAACACAUGGAUGUGCUCCAGAUUCCUGACGCUCUGCAAAGCAACCCAGUUCUUGAACCACAUCACUCGAUGUUCACCUCCGGGCCCGAUGCUCUUGACGAAAUAGCUCUCCACGAAACUCUCGACGGUUUUCCUGCUCUCUGGGGUCAUGUCGCCCG